CCGCGCGCGCAAGGGGAGAAUGGGAGGAGACGGCGGCGUAUGCUGACCGGUGUUCGGUUUCACCAGCUCACACGUGACCGCAAUGGCUGCUUGUCUGCUCUGUGCAGUGCAUCAUUCCUCCGCUGCACAGCGAAUGUAGGCUACAUCAGUUUUCUCGCUUCGUUGAACUGUUGGUGCAGACAUUUAGCACCCGCCGAGGCGAAACUCCUCUCCGCGUUGCAUCGACCAUCUCACCGGCUGAGAACAACCCCAUUCGGGAGAGAAAUUAAAGCGUCUCGGGCUUCAACUUCCACCAACCAACACGGCGGUAGGAGGAGUCAACAGGUGUUUCUCUCUGGUGUGCUGCUGUUCCUUUGGCUGUCUGAAGAGAUCCAAGACGGAGCAAUCCAGCAGCAGGUUACCGUGUCGGACUGACCCGCUCGGACAGGUUUGACCCUUCCGGAGCACUGCUUCUCAUUUCCUCUUGCGUCACGUCGCCUGAGAGCAGGCCCUUGUGUAGAGUAACUAGAAUAUACUGCCUCAGCAAGAGAACUGUGGGAUUGAAUCCAGAGAGUUACAUAACACCAAAACAAAGAGUGCUACACCUGUGAGCCAUACACUGUGAUCGAAUGGAGUCUUAACCACUCAUAUGCACCCUGGAUCACCAAUCUGUCUCAAGCCACAGUAGCAAGUGCCCGCGCGGACAACCGCAGACAAAGCUCUCCUAGUUGGAUUACCAAAAGUAGCUCAUGAUGGGAAAGUAGACAUCCGGCAUCACGGAUAGCCUUCACAGAGGUCUGGGACUCAGUGCUGUAUCUGAGCGUGCCAUGUCUGGAAACGGCAACCCCGGAGGUCUGGGCAACCAUUUAGGGGGCUUCCCGAUGUCGCACUACCCUUACUUCUUUCCUCAUAUGCUAGGAGGGCUCUCCCCUCCUACGCUUCCAGGACUUCCUGUCAGUGGAUACAGCACUCCGUCUCCUGCAACUGUGGAGACCCAGAGCACAAGCUCAGAGGAGAUCGUUCCCAGCCCACCUUCUCCACCUCCUCCACCACGGGUCUACAAGCCCUGUUUCGUCUGCCAGGACAAGUCCUCGGGCUACCAUUAUGGAGUUAGUGCUUGUGAAGGGUGCAAGGGCUUUUUCCGAAGGAGCAUUCAGAAGAACAUGCUGUACACCUGCCACAGAGAGAAGAGCUGUAUCAUCAACAAGGUCACCCGAAACCGCUGCCAGUACUGCCGGCUGCAGAAGUGCCUGGAAGUGGGCAUGUCUAAAGAAUCUGUUCGGAACGACCGGAACAAGAGGAAGAAGGAAGAGAAGAAGCAGGAGUGUUCGGAGAGUUACGUGUUAAGUCCUGAUACGGUGCAGAUGAUCGAGCGGGUCAGGAAGGCCCAUCAGGAAACCUUCCCCUCUCUGUGCCAGCUGGGCAAAUACACCACCAACAACAGUGCAGACCACAGGGUCGCUCUGGAUGUGGACCUGUGGGACAAGUUCAGUGAACUCUCCACCAAAUGCAUUAUUAAGACGGUGGAGUUCGCCAAGCAGCUGCCGGGCUUCACCACACUCACUAUCGCGGAUCAGAUCACCCUGUUAAAGGCCGCCUGUCUCGACAUCCUGAUUCUGCGAAUAUGUACACGCUACACACCGGAUCAGGACACCAUGACGUUUUCAGACGGUCUGACACUGAACCGCACGCAGAUGCACAACGCCGGCUUCGGUCCACUGACGGAUCUGGUUUUCGCUUUCGCCAACCAGCUCCUGCCUCUGGAGAUGGAUGAUGCAGAGACGGGGCUCCUCAGCGCCAUCUGUCUGCUGUGUGGAGACCGGCAGGAUCUGGAGCAGUCGGAUAAGGUGGAUGUGCUUCAGGAGCCACUGCUGGAGGCCCUGAAGAUCUACGUGAGAAAGAGGAGGCCUCAUAAACCACACAUGUUCCCCAAGAUGCUGAUGAAGAUCACAGACCUGAGGAGCAUCAGCGCUAAAGGAGCCGAGCGAGUAAUAACUCUGAAAAUGGAGAUUCCCGGCUCCAUGCCUCCACUCAUUCAGGAGAUGCUGGAGAAUUCGGAGGGUCUGGAGGGCGGCGGGGCGAGAGGAGGAGGAGGAAAAGGAGCGCCACCAGGAAGCUGCAGCCCCAGUUUGUCUCCGAGCUCAACACACAGCAGCCCCUCAGCUCACUCCCCCUGAGUCUCACCUCCAGACAGGGCUCCGUACGGAACAAACUGGUUCCAAACCAGAAAUAAGCCACAGCCGACCCGCGCCAGAAACCAGAAUUCCGGUAGACUUUGAUCCGGGAUUACCGGACCCGAACAGUUAAUCUGGCCGGCUUUCAUUAGCUGAAGACCAAUUGAGCUCCACACAGGCCGAGCCUGCUCAAAACUCACACCGUCAAUAAAAGCAGCAGUGAUUCAGUGACUAGCAGAGUCCUGCAGCUGUCCACAUGGCUGUGAUCUGUGGAGACGUCCUGUGUGUGCAGAAGCGGCUCUUUUCUGUGUCUUCCCAGCUCCGCUCCCAUCACACAAACUGUGAAGGCCCAGAUGAAGCUCUCUUCCUCUUGAGCCUGCGACUUUAUUUUAUAAAUUUUAAUCUCUUAAGAGCAAGCUAAAGGACAUUAGGACGUCAAAUGUCCGCAAGUCAGGGACAUUUUGAACUUUCCAGCCGUUUUGGUUCGGUUUCUUUUGUUUUCUUACAAAAAGAUAUAUGAAUAUAUGAAAUCUAUAUUGACAGAAAAAUGAGAUUUGAAUCUUGUGUCUUAGGUGGAAUGCAGAACAGUUCUUAUCUUCUCUCUCUCACUUUUCUCUCGAGGGUUAAACACGUCUAAUGUCGACCUACUGUCAUACACAAGGGAACUGAAAAUCACACUAGCACUGAAAAUCAUCCGAUGGGGUUAAAACGCAAUUUUGUUCAUGAUUUCGAGACUUAUUCACAAUGAUCAACAUUGGCAGUUGUGGCAAAGAAAUGAAGGAUCUCAUGUCAACAGCUUGUGAUUAUGACGAUGUGUAUGAGAUCUCAGAGUGGGAAAUGCCUUUGUGUAGCUUUUUAAUAUUGUUUCUUAAUUUACUCUUAAUUUUUGUAAUUGUCAGCUGUCGAAAGACAGAGACGACCUCUACACAGUAUUAGCAGAUUAUAAAAUAAAAAAAGAGAUUUCCAAACAUAAUGACUCACAAAGAAUACAAAGUGUAUUUUUAGUGCUCGAAGAAAAACGUGCCAUUUCAAAAGUAUUGAGAAUGUUGUAACAGAACGUCAUGCCUUUUUUUCUUUUUUUUUACACCUCAGUUUGUGGUAGAUUUGUUUCUAAUCAUCUGUCACGUGUCUCUUCUGUACCUUACACAACAUCACUGCCUCUGCUCUCCUGCAACAAUCAUUGAACAGUUGUGAACAACAACACUGCCUCUGUGUGACAAUCACUUUAAGUAAAGCUCACAAACAACUCUGCCUCUGUAACACACACUGAUCCGCGUCAGACCUCUGGGUUUAUGACACCACUAGCCUUGUUUUUUUAGGUCUAAAAGCAUCAAAUAAGUACUGAUUUCACAAUUAGAGUUUCCUAGAAAUGCUUUAUUAAGAGCAAGAUCUUGCAUUGACGUUUCUGAUAAUGUAGCAUUCUUUUGUUUUAAAUGAAAUUAGUCUUAUCUGAACCACCAGAGACAUUUUGUCUUUAUUUACUCAUUUUAUUCCAAAUCAUAGUGUGUAUGUGUGUGUAUGUUCGUUCGUUCUGCAAAAGAUAUACAGGUUUUUAUUUUUUUUUUUUAGUUUUUUUUUUUUUUUUUUGACAGAAGUGUCCCUUUUAAACAAAACAAUAGCUUGAUAAAUUAAUAGGUUUAGGAGGCACCAUACAACCCAGUUCUGCUGGAUCAGUGUCAGCAUAUCAUGAUUUGUACCAGUUUACAACAGCUCUGCCUCUGCAUCACAUCUGCUGAACCUGGUGUCAUGAAAGUUUGAACAGUGCGGUGGGUCGAAAUGACUUCCUCUUUAACAUGUUUCUCUGAGGGUGGAGUGUGAAUUGCUUCACUGCAACUAUGCACACAACAUGCACAGAGCUACAGUCUAUUCCCUUCUGUCUACCUGUUUGAAAAAAAAAAUCACAAGACUCUUCCACUGUCCGUUUCAUUUGAUUCUGCAUUUGAAGGUUCACUGCUUUUGAGACGUACUGCAUCACAGACCUCGACGGGCCUCUUCUCUCACUCGAAGUAUGACAAACAGAGAUCUACACGAUGUACAGCACAAACCCUGUACUGCUUUAACAGUUGUUAUACAGUCAACCGCACAAAAUGUUUCUGUUGUGUCAGGUGAUCAUAAUAAAGACUUCUGUUUUGUGUGUUUUUGAA